GCGCCCUAAGUAUGCUGUUCCGUCUGAAAUCUGACAGAUCUGGAAAAAGCUGCACUGCACCGCAAGUUUAGUCGUUUGAAAAUCGCCGCGCCGUAUGAAUCGGGCUGGUGUCGCCACCUGACGUGCGAACGAGUACGCCGAACGGAAACACGGUGAACGAGGACGAACAGUCCAGACACUCCAGACGUUAGUCAUCUGGAGGAGUCGAGGUUCUCUUCUUCGCUCGCGCGUGAAUUCCGUACGCGAUUGUCCGCGCGCGUCUUCCUGUCAUUCUUCGGGCUGCUUCGAGCGUCAGCAGGCUAAAUCUAUUCGGUGGUAACGCGAUUUCAUCAACGUGAUUUCCCUUGUCCCAGCGCUACCGCUGGGUGGCAAGCGGAGGAAGCGCCGCUCGGCCGCUACGCGAACGGUCAUCUGUCCGGGGUUGAAACGUCGACGACGGAAUACGUGUACACUCCGCGCGCAAACGAAGAGGCGGCCUGGGUGGUCGCGGUGCGACGUGAUCCGGGUCGGAGUAUGUGAAAAUGGAUUUUAAGAGCGUGGUGUACAACGCUGCGAGGGACGGCAAGCUCAAGCGUCUCAAGGUUUUCCUGGAGCAUCGGGGCAAGGAUGAGGUAGGACAACUAGUCGGUGCCAAAACCCAUGGCGCAACACCCUUAGUCAUGGCAUGUCGGAAUGGACAUUAUGAUGUGGCGGAAUACCUCAUCGAAAAAUGUGGGGCAGACGUGGAGCAGCCUGGAUCAGUGGUUUUUGAGGGUGAAACAAUCGAGGGUGCACCACCUCUAUGGUGCGCGGCUGCCGCUGGUCACUUGUCCCUAGUGAAGCUACUUGUGAGACGAGGAGCUAAGGUGAAUUCAAUCACAAAGACUAAUUCUACACCUCUCCGUGCUGCAUGUUUCGACGGGCAUUAUGAUAUCGUCAAAUUCUUAGUGCAACAUGGUGCAGAUAUCGAGAUGGCGAAUCGACACGGGCACACAUGCCUAAUGAUCGCCUGCUACCGAGGUCACGUUAAAAUAGCGAAGUUCCUACUCGCCCUGAAAGCAGACGCGAAUCGCAAAUCCGUGAAGGGUAAUACAGCGUUACAUGACUGCGCCGAAAGUGGAUCCUUGGAGAUAUUGAAAAUCCUUGUCGAGCAUGGGGCCCAGAUGGACGUGGACUCUUAUGGGAUGACACCACUCCUCGCGGCAGCAGUAACAGGUCACACGCAUAUCGUCGAGUAUCUCAUAGGCAUUCCCCAACUGUUCAGCAGGAAAGAACGUAUCGACGCACUGGAGUUGCUUGGAGCUACAUACGUGGAUAAAAAGAGGGAUAUGAUUGGCGCCCUGCAGUUCUGGAAACGUGCCAUGAACGAGCGAUAUCGGGGAGACGGACCAGUGAUAGCAAAACCUGAAUCUCCACCGCUUGUAGCCGCUUACGAUUACGCCCGAGAGGUAAUUGAACCUGAAGCUUUGGACGAUUUGUUAGCAGAUCCAGAUGAAAUGCGCAUGCAGGCACUGGUGAUUAGAGAACGAAUAUUAGGACCGGCUCAUCCAGACACUAGUUAUUAUAUUAGAUACCGCGGAGCUGUCUAUGCGGACGCGGGUAAAUUCCGUCGCUGCAUCGAAUUGUGGAAUUAUGCUCUCGAUAUGCAGCAAAGCAUGCUGGAACCACUAAAUCCUAUGACACAAAGCUCUCUAUUCAGUUUCACCGAACUCUUCAGCUUCAUGGUGGGCGAGGAAGGUAGACAGACGACAAGAGGUCGUAGAGUACCGCCAGUAAAGAGGGAAGAUCUGAUGAGAGUUUUCGAGAAAGCUAUUAACGAAGUAGCGAAAGGAAAACAAAUGCUGGACAAGAUGGGCGAUCUGACAUGCGAGCGUGAUUUUACAUUCUUGAACAGAGUUCUUGUUAUCACUUUGCACUUGGCGUGCCUAUUAACGCGAGAGACCGGAGAAAAGGAUAGCGAAGAAUACAAUGCCUUUCACAAAGAACUCUACAAGUUAAUUCGAAUAAAUGCCAAAGGCAGACACGGUCGUGACGCGCUGCAUUUAGUUCAUAGCGAGGAUGGUGCGCUGGUUGGCAGGUAUCCCACAUGCAAGUUCCCAUCUCCUCAUUUGACUAAAGCUCUGCUAAGAGUGGGUGCAAAUGUAGUUGCCAGGGACAAUGACGGCAACACGGCUCUGCAUCUUACCGCGCUAUUGCAACCUUGGCGACCGAGUCUAUCGAUCGAUCUGCUCGACGCCGGCGCGCAUCUCGAUGCGAUAAACAACGACGGCAAGACGUUCCAGAUGCUAUUGCCAAAUAAGGAGCUUUAUGAUUCGAUUUGUCCUCUGAAAUACACCACACUCGCCUGUCUGGCCGCGCGAGUGGUCAAAAAGACGCAGAACAUCAGCAGAGUGCCCGCACAUCUCCGCACUUUCGUUGAGAUGCACUAGUUGCGAUGAGACACCACCAGUGAAAUGCCAUGGCAAACAUUUCUACUCGAGAAAAUGUGAUGAUUAUGGAAAGCAUGGUGAUAAUUCGGGCGUUAACUUGAAUUCAUAAUUCAUUCAUUCUAGCAUAUCGAUAUUCUCCUUGAAUGUCUUCUAACAAGAGACAUACACGGUGUGACAUGGAGCAUCAUUAUAUACUUGUUGUUCGCCAAUGUUAAACAAGAAUGAGAUAAUCAUUGUGUUGUACUAAGUCGCUUGUUGGAAAGCACCCCUUAUCAUGGGCUUAUCGAAGAGGGAGGUUUGGGAAUUCAAACUCCCCCCGAAAUUUUUUAUUAAUUAUUUGAUUUUGAGAGAGUCCCAUUAGCGCACAUUCUACUCAUUAUAAGACCAUAUAAAUAAUUUUUAAUACUUCUAUUAAUUGGAAAAAAUAUUGCUUUGAUAAAAA